AUGCUUAGUCCCAAAAGAACCAGGUUUCGUAAACAACAUAGAGGAAGAAUGAAAGGAGUAUCUUAUCGGGGCAAUCGUAUUUGUUUCGGUAAAUAUGCGCUUCAGGCACUUGAACCCGCUUGGAUCACAUCUAGACAAAUAGAAGCAGGGCGCCGCGCAAUGACACGAUAUGCCCGUCGUGGCGGAAAAAUAUGGGUACGUAUAUUCCCCGACAAACCCGUUACACUAAGACCCGCGGAAACACGUAUGGGUUCGGGGAAGGGAUCUCCUGAAUAUUGGGUAUCCGUCGUUAAACCGGAUCGAAUACUUUAUGAAAUGGGCGGAGUAUCAGAAACCGUAGCCAGAGCCGCUAUGGAAAUAGCGGCGCGCAAAAUGCCUAUACGAACAAAAUUCGUUAUUGCGGAAUAG